AAGUUAGCAACGCUUCCGGGGGCGGCAGAGACGCGACAAAGGGUAAAGAAGACGACGUCUAAUCGGGUUAAAAACAUAGAAAAUGUUCAAGGAGUUGGUGAAUGAGCGACUAAUGGCGGCAGCGGAUGAAAUAUUCGCUCUGUUUGAGAGAACGAUAGUUUCCUACGAGGAGGAACUGACUCGAUCAAGGGAUGAAAAGGAGCGAUAUCGACAACAACUUGAAGCUGUUUACGCCCAGCAGAUGAUUGAUGCUGAAGAAGAAAGACCCCCUGAGCCUCAGAGGGAGAUCGCCACUUUCAAUCAGGACCCCCCUAACAUUAAAGUGGAAGAAGAGGAGCCACAGCCCCUCCACGUUAAAGAAGAGGAGGAACUCUGGAUCACUCAGGAGGGCAAGGAAGCCGAUCUCACCGAGGUGCAACUGAUUGGUGUCUCUGUGAAGACUGAAGACGGCGAAGACAAACCAUCAGAGUCGUCACGGCUUCAGCUUCAAGCAGACCACCUCUUUGCUCCACUUCUACAUCGUAACGACACAGCGUCACAUUCCCCUGAGGAUGACGACUGGGACGACGCCGAGGAACCCUUGAGCAGCGGAACAAACAACAAACACUCUAAAUGCUCCCAAAAGAAGACCGGUAAAAAACAUCUGAGUUGCUCAGUUUGUGCGAAAAUAUUUACUAAAAAGGGUGAUUUCACUCGACACAUACGGACGCACACAGGAGAGAAACCUUUUAGUUGUUCGGUUUGUGGUGAUAAAUUUGCUCAGAGGUCCACUUUGACAAGACACAUGAGAACGCACACGGGGGAAAAACCCUUUUGCUGCUCGCUUUGUGGUGAAAGAUUCGCCCAUAAGGUAAAUAUGCUGUCACACAUGAAGACGCACACCAGAGAAAAACCUUUUAGUUGCUCGGUUUGUGGCGCUCAAUUCUCCCGAAAGAUGCAUGUGGUGUCACACAUGAGGACGCACACUGGAGAAAAACCUUUUAGCUGCUCUGUGUGUGGCGAUUCAUUUGCUCAGAGUUCCACAUUGAAUAGACACAUGGGGACACACGCGGGAUGUCCUCCCUGAUGUCCACUAGGCUAAGUGGGACGCGCUACGAGUUAGCAAAACAUCAGCAAUUUUAUGAGAAUAAAGUCAAAAUAUUAAGAGAUAAUGUUGUGUUGUACAGACAAAAAAAUCAUAAUAUUAUGAGGAAAAAAACUGAAAUAUUGAAGAAAAAAUACAUUGCUUUUUUCAUCACAAUAUUGAUGGAAACAAAACAAUAUAGUUGUAAUUGUUUGAAAAUCGGGUUGGGGAAAAGGUUACAAUGUGAUGGGAAUAAAGUCAAAUCAAGAAAAAAUGUGAGAAUAAAGUCAUAAUAUGACAAAAAUAACAUUUAUUAAGAUUUUUUGAAGAAGAAAGAAAUAUUUGGAAAAAACAGCAAAAGUGUUGGGACACUAUUGACACAGGUAAUCGUCUUCAUGUGUGCUUUCUAAAUAAACAAAAACACAAAGCAAUUGUGUCUUUGAACGCAACCCCGCACAUGUUCUGCUACCUUAAACAUAAAACUAAAACUGAUCAUACAUACAACUUUUGACUGGUUGGGUGAACUAAAAAUAUAUAAUAAAUAUAAUACAUUCUCCUUUUGACACAAACGCAACACAAACACGAACAUAUCGUGAGCAGAUUAUUAGAUUACUUUCCCAUGUGACUAUGGCGUUACAUCAUCAAGUAUUUUGCUCGGCAGGCUCCUCUCUUCCAGAGGUCGGAGCUGGCGUUUUGCGCAUGCGCCAGUUUCCAAGGCGGGCAAUAACCCGGAAGCGGAUCCAAUUCACUUCACAAAAGAGAGACGGACAUUAUUUUCCAACAUGUCGUCAGAAGGACCUCGUGGCACUUAUUUCUGGAGCGAAGAGGAGGCCGUCUUCUUGCUUCGGCAGCUGAAAGAACCCAACAUUUUCAAGUGGCUCGACGGAAGUAAAACCAGGAACGGGGAAGUAUUUAAAAAGGUGGCGAAAAAAAUGGAGGAAGCGGGCUUCAUUCGGACUUCUGCGCAGAUAAUAGUGAAAUGGAAAAGCAUGAAGCGGAAUUACUUCGUAACCAAAAGGAAGAUGCAAAUAAAUGGACACAACUCAGUUCCGUGUCCAUACUUUGAUCUCCUCGAUGACCUGCUAGGAGGACGAGCGUUGUCUCAAACGUGUGGCUUGGACGUUGGCCUUGGGGCUUCCGUUUCAGAGAGUGUGCCGAAAGACCAGAGAGAGCCAACUGAUGACCCAGAGAAGCAUCCAGACGAAGAGGAUGCCGUCGAAAUGGAAGAGACGGCUGAAACAGAAGAACGGGAGACUGAUAGUCCUCCUGUAUUAAAGACGAAGACUCGCCCAGGUAGCUUUGCGAUGUUUGGGGAAAGGCAAAGACCCAGGGGCCGACGGUCUGACGUGGAGCGGUUUACGUCCAGCAUGGAGAGAAUCCAGACUGUUUUGGUCCACCAGUUACGACAGAGCCAAGAAAUGCAGGAAAGGCUGGUGAAUACCAUCCUCCAGAGCAACGAGUCCAUGGUGUCGGCUCUUCUUGAAGGCAUCCAGAGUCUAAGACCGCGCCCCCCGGAUCAGAGAGGAGAAAAAGACGUCCACCAGCUGAAUGGUCAUCAGUCGCAGGGGGAGCCCCGCCCGCCGACCCCCAACGUUAACGUGGAAGUUGAGGACGGAGAGCCAGACGAGGCUGAUCGCACCAAGAUGGCCGUGAAGACUGAAGACCACGAAGACAAACCACCCGAAUCCUUUAUGGCUUCAUCACAAUCCCCAUGGUUGGAACAGAGGGGCUGUAAAUACGACGUCCAGCAGAUGAUUUGUCAAGAAGAACACGCCCCUCAGCUGCAGGGCGGGACCUCCACUUGGAAGCAGGAAGAUCCACAUCCCCUCCACUUUAAAAAGGAGGAGGUGGACCCACAGCCCCCCCAGGUUAAAGAAGAAGAAGAAAAGGAAGCACUCUGGAUCACCCAAGAGGGAGAGUUUCUUCCUGAUCUCGCCAAGUUGCCACUGACUCCCAUCACUGGGAAGACCGAAAACCAUGAAGACAAACCACCAGAGUCCUCACAGCUUCAUCACAGUCCAAGUGAGGAGAACAGAGGGGCGGAGCCACAACACAUGACAACAGAAGCCGAUGGAGACCACCGUGGAGGAUCACAAGCAGACAACCUCUUAGCUCCGCUAUCAGAUAGCGACGACACGACGUCAUACUCCCCUGAAGCUGAAGACCAGGACAUCACCCAAAAACCCUUGAGCAGCAAUACAGACCACGAAGAUGAUCUGAGGACUCACACCGACAACAAAGACUCUGAAUGCUCUAAAAAGAAGACGGGUAAAAAACCUUUGACCUGCUCAGUUUGUGAUAAAAGCUUUUCUUAUAUGAGCAAUUUUUCUCGACACGUGGCGACGCACACGGGAGAGAAACGUUUCAUAUGCUCGGUUUGCGGAAAAGGAUUUUUUCAAAGGUGUGAUUUGGCCCAACACAUGCGGACGCACACGGGAGAGAAACCUUUUCGCUGUUUAAUUUGUCGUCAAGGAUUUUUUUUUAAGUCCAGUUUAAACAGACACACGAGAACGCACACGGGAGAAAAACCCUUUAGUUGCUCCGUUUGUGGCAAAAGAUUUGGUCAAAAGGCACAAGUGACGAUACACAUGAAAGGACACACGGGAGAAAAACCGUUCAGUUGCUCCAUCUGUGGCGCUAGCUUCAUUCAAAAAUCGCAUGUGGUGUCACACAUGGAGUACACACACCAAAAAUAAAAACUCUUAGUUCAUGUCAUGAACACACGCUUGAGGACUCACACCGUCGACUCUGACAUGCUCCUCGCAGCUACUCACCUUGCCCACCCACAUAGAAUGUGACUGUUGUUUUUCUUUAAACGCUAUCAAGCUAAGUAAGAACCCGUCAGGUUUCAAACUGAUAACACAGUAAAUUGUAUGGUUAGCAAAUGCAAGUAAGUACUCUUUAUAUGUCAGGUUAGGUGGUAUUUUUGCUUUUUUGUGGUAUUGGGUUUUAUUAAGUGUUGGAAGAAUUGUACAUAAAGUUGUUCCAUUUUUACUAUAUUCUUAUGACCUAUUUUCUUAUGACCUACAAACAUUUCAUAUCACUCACAUAGCAAAAGUAAGAUUAAUGCUGUGUCGCUUGCACAUAAGAGGAAAUAGCUGCACGAGUCAGAAGAAGAUGUGACCGCAGGAUGUGGGUGUGUGAGUGUUUCCAGAAGAUAACAUGCCAAGGAGGAGAUACCCACACACUGUGAAUAACAUGUUGUACAGAAGAACCGGUUUCAACUGGAAUAGUUAACCGCACCCUUCCCCUUAGCAGUUGAAAUCUCAUGUAACUAGGGUGUUCCUAACUGAAUAAAAAGCACGGAGAGCGGAGACUGUCUCAGAGUGGGUAAGGAGGAUUAUAACUGUGCAGUCUGGUUGGAAGAAUUGUACAUAAAGUUAUUCUAUUUUUACUAUAUUCUUAUGACCUAUUUUCUUAUGACCUACAAACAUUUCAUAUCACUCACGUGGCAAAAGUAAGAUUAAUGUUGUGACGCUUGCACAUUUGGUGUACCUCAUGAUUAGAGAAAACAGAACGUGACAGAACAUUCUCUCAGCAGAUAGUUUUAUCACACCCUCAAGAGGACAUAGCUGCACGGGUCACGAGUAGAUGUGACCUUAGUGUGUGUGUGUGUGUGUGUAAGUGUCUCCAGAAGAUCACAUGCCAAGGAGGAGAUACCCACACACUAUGGAUAACAUGUUGUACAAAAGAACCGGUUAAACGCACCCUUCCCCUUAGCAGUUGAAAUCUCAUGUAACUAGGGCGUUCCUAACUGAAUAAAAAGCACGGAGAGCGGAGACUGUCUCAGAGUGGGUAAGGAGGAUUGUAACUGUGCAGUCUCCAUCACUC